AUGGAGUGCAAAACCGCCGCGCGCCCCGAGCGCGCGGUGGGCAGAAAGCCGCCAUGCGCCGCGAGCGCGUGGCAGAAGAAGAAGAAGAAGAAGAAGAAGAAGAAGAAGAAGAAGAAGAAGAAGAAGAAGAAGAAGAAGAAGAAGAAGAAGAAGAAGAAGAAGAAGAAGAAGAAGAAGAAGAAGAAGAAGAAGAAGAAGAAGAAGAAGAAGAAGAAGAAGAAGAAGAAAGAAGAAGAAGAAGAAGAAGAAGAAGAAGAAGAAGAAGAAGAAGAAGAAGAAGAAGAAGAAGAAGAAGAAGAAGAAGAAGAAAAAUGCCAGGACAGCAGGACAGCAGCGGAAGCAGGCGGGCCCACAUGCCAGGAGCGAAACAGCUCUGAUAGCAUGUCGAAACAGCAUGCAGAAACCGACGUGUUCGUGCUGCUGCUGCACGCGGUGUGCUUCUCGUCGCCGCGUCGUCUCGUGGCGGGACACGUGUGGCCUUCCAAUGCGGAGGGCAUCCGCCGCGAGAUGGCCGUCAAGGCGCCUGCCACAUGCCCCGCCAGCGUGGUGGACAGCGGCGGCUUCCCCUUUUGCAAGUGCCUGAGCGGGCAGGCCAUCAUCAACGGCGCAUGCUUCGGCGGCAUGAUGAGCUGGAAGACGGUCGGCACGAGCGUGGUGCUCUACAACGCCGCCUCCUUCGCCAACUCGCCUGCCCCGCUCGCACCAGCCGUGCUACGCGCGCUAGCACCAAACACCUCAGCCUGUACUGUCGUCCCGAAAGGGUUCAACGGCACGGUGGGGUCGCUGCGCAUCAUGUGGAACGUGAAUGACGGCGCGCCUGAGCACCUGGUGUGCGGCAAGGUGGUGAUCUGGGACAAGUCCGACUGCUCGGGUUCUUCAUCGGUGUUUGAGAUUCCCGGCAAGUGGACCGCAGCGAAUUUGUGCCAGGUCAAGCAGUGCGGCAAGGGUGGCUUCUGUGUGAUUCUAUCGAACGGUCAGCCAUACUGUGAUUGCAAGGAUGGCUACGAGCAGGAGUUUGUAACUGGCUCAUGCAUUGGAGAGGGCCAGUACAAGGACUGCCUUCAGGAUACCUUUGGCAUGUUUGAUGCACCGUACCCUUACUGCCCACCGGGCUUCAACCAGCACUCUGGUGCUUGCCUGCCAGGAGUCCUUCCCAACGUGGCAGACGUGGCCAGCAGCAUCUACAGCAUGCCUGCCCUCGGCGGCACGGACCCGCCCUACCUCUUCUGCCUCAAGCCCAACAAUUGCGUCACCAUCCUGCCGGCCAUCAUCGCCAGCAGCAAGUCCGUUGGCAUGGUGUUUCGUGCGCCGGGGAUGAACGUGAGGUGCGCGACGAUCACCAUCUACGAUGAGCUCUUCUGCAAGGGCAACGCAAUGAGCUCCGACGUGCCCUCUGGCAAUGACAUUUAUGACGGCAGCAUUCUGAACAAUGGGCUGUGGAAGCCCUUGUCUGUUCAGUGCUUUCUGUGGGCUUUCUUCGCUAGGAGCUUCCUUCUUCCCCUCCCUGUUCCCUUCCCUCCCUUCUCUUCUCCCCCUUUUCCCUUCUUGCGGUUCCACUCUCCGUCGUCUCUGUCUGUCCUUACUCUUCCCUUCCUGUUGAUUAAAGGACGGUACCUAGCAUAG